AUGGAUUUACCAUCGUCAUCAACAACGGGGGACACGAGCAAGGUGGGGACUAAGUCGUCGUCAUCGUCUUCGUCGUCACUUGUGGAUUCCUUGCGGUGCGGCAUUUCGGGUACUCACGGGGGCAAGGCGGAGCUGAGGCAAAAGCUGACGAUGCCGCAAUACCUUCGCUUUGCAAUGCGCGAGUGCAUCAGGUUCAAGGACACGGGAGCCGGAGAGAGUUUUUCCAUUCGUGGCCAAGAAGACAACGACGUGGUGGCACCGGUCGCGCCGAUGGUCGUUUUCAUCAACCCUCGCAGUGGUGGCCGCCAGGGUGCCUUCCUCAUGGAGAGGCUCCAACUUCUCAUGAGUGAAGAGCAGGUUUUUGACAUAUUAGAUGUGAAGCCUCCUGAGUUUAUCGAGUAUGGAUUAGGUUGCCUGGAGAGGUUGGCUGGUUUUGGUGAUUUUGUUGCCGACGAAACUCGUGCAAAACUACGGAUUAUGGUAGCUGGAGGAGACGGUACUGUUGGGUGGGUCUUAGGAUGUCUGACAGAGCUUCACGUAAGAGGUCGGAUGCCGGUCCCUCCAGUAGGGAUCAUACCACUUGGCACAGGCAAUGACCUGUCUAGGAGUUUUGGUUGGGGUGGUUCCUUUCCUUUUAAAUGGAAGGCUGCUAUUAAGAGAAGUCUUUGCAAGGCUACCAUUGCUCCACUUUGUCGUUUGGAUAGUUGGCGAUUUUCAAUUUCAAUGCCAGAAGGCACAGUAAUAGAAGCACCACAUUCUUUGAAGCGUACAAUAGAGUUCACACGUCAUGAGGGCUUCGCGUUUCAGGGAGAAUUGUGUGAGAAUGUUAUAUGUUACGACGGCGUGUUCUACAAUUACUUCAGUAUAGGAAUGGAUGCCCAAGUGGCUUAUGGUUUUCACAAUUUACGAAAUGAAAAACCUUAUCUUGCACAAGGUCCAAUUGCAAAUAAGAGUUAUGGAUGGUUCUUCACACCAUGCACUAGUGAUCCAUGUUUAAGGGGAUUAAAGAACAUUUUGCGGAUGCAUGUCAAAAAGUUCAAUUGCACGGAGUGGGAGCAAGUUCCAGUUCCUACAAGUGUAAGAGCAAUAGUUGCUCUGAAUCUCCAUAGUUAUGGAAGUGGAAGAAAUCCAUGGGGUCAUCUCACAGCUGAGUAUUUAGAAAAGAGAGGUUUCGUAGAAGCACAAGUUGACGAUGGACUUCUUGAAAUAUUUGGUCUAAAACAAGGAUGGCAUGCAUCAUUUGUUAUGGUUGAAUUGAUUCCUGCAAAGCAUAUAGCCCAGGCAUCAGCUAUUCGAUUGGAAGUGAGAGGAGGGGAAUGGAAAGAUGCGUACAUGCAGAUGGAUGGAGAACCAUGGAAACAACCCAUGAACAAAGACUAUUCCACUUUCGUAGAAAUUAAGAGGGAACCUUUUCAAUCACUCAUGAUUAGUGGCGUCUAA